AUGACAUUAAGUGAUACUGUAGCUAAUCAAGUAAUUGCAUCCGUAAAGGAAAGUUCACCACUUCCACUACCGCAAAAACCAACAGACGAUAAUACCAACAAAAAAGUUGCCCCAGGCUGGCAUAAUCUGAAUUUAAUAGUAAAACAAAAUCAACAACAGGAAAAACCACAGGGUGAAGAACAUGAUACUGAUACUAAUAACUGGAAACAACAACUAUUCAACCCAAAUACUACCAUUUUAGAUAAUCCUAUUGAAAAUGGAUUAGAAUAUAGAGUUUGCAAUAAAUGUGGGAAACCCAUAAGCUUGAACGUGAUUGCUCAACAUAUAGAAAAUAAUUGCGGUCCUAUACCUAUCAACCUCCCUGCCUCAACUGGUACUACUGAUACUGCCACCUCAAAUGACAAAACUUCCACGGAAAAAGUCAAAGAUCACAACACCACCGGUAAAAGACAACGCUUGAAAACAGAACACGAAUCAACUAAAUCUUCAGCAACAGAUCCUCCAACAUCUCCACCUAAAAAGAAAAGAACUAAAAAUAAAGCCAUUGUAACGGAUGGGAUAAUAGAUUUGGACAAACAAUGCGGUGCAGAAUUGCCUAACAAUAUGGGGCAGUGUGGUAGAUCAUUAACUUGUAAAACACAUUCUAUGGGUGCCAAAAGAGGUGUGAUUGGAAGAUCUAAGCCCUUUGACAUAUUACUAGCUCAAUAUCAAAAGGACAACAAGUUAAAAAUUACUGUUGGUGCCGCUACCAAGGCACAAUUAGAACAAGAGGAAAAUGGUAUUGUUGUAUCGACAACCGAUAAUGGCAAUAGCAACUCGAACGCUGAUAAUGAGGAUGCUACAGCUAACCUAUUAAAGAAUAAAUCCACAAGAAAGUAUACUAAAACUAAAAAUGCUGACGCCACUACUGCUGUUAAGAAGGGUAAUCCCGGUAGAAAACCUAAAGAUCCAUCUAUAAAAAGGAAAACAGCCGAGGAAAAACAACUAUUAAAAAAACAAAAACAACAGUUGAAAAAACAGCAACACUUAUUGAAACAACAGGAAAAAAAAAGAGUAAAACAACAGCAGAAAUUAUUGCAAAAGCAGCAGCAACAACUAUUAAAACAACAACAGCAAAAACAACAACAACUACAGCAACAGAAGCAUAUUUUAACAACAGAUGAAGAAACUAAUAUGGUUUUAAAUGGUAUUUCGAGAUCUUUACCGUUGCCUUUGGAAAAUUAUGUUUUAACUUCUACCAGAAUACGUACCAAAAACUUUAGAAUGCGUCAAAUGUUUGGUUCUGCGUUUAAUAUCAAGCCAGGUUAUUCAAAACCAGGAUUUGGCCAAAUAAAUGGAAGAGUCGGUCUUUUGGAUAUAGAUAAAACUUUUGAUUAUACCUUCCGUAUUAAAACACCUCAAUUGCUGAAUAUUCCAUCGUCUAUGAAUAACACUAGCCCAAACAUAACAAACAAUAAUAACACAUCUGGUAAUACUAAUAUUAAUGGUGUUAAUGCCAAUGGUGCCAAUAACAACAACAAUAGUAAUAUUUCUACUCUACCAAUGACUGUCGUUAAUAGUAAUAAUAUUAACAACACAAACAUGAAUAUGGCCAAUUUGUCUCCUCAACAAAUUCAGAUAUUACAACAAAAAAAAAUAAAAAAUGCACAACUUGGUCAGCAGCAACCUCAAAACGUACCAACUACAUCAAAAAAUAAUGGUGCGUCGCCACUAUCUCAACAAGCAAAAGUCGAAAGCUUUAUAAAUUAUAAUAAUACUAAUACCAAUACUCUUACUACUACUACUACUACUACUACUACUACUAAUAAUAAUAAUACUAAGGGAAAUGCAGAUAAACUUAAUAACACUGUGGCAACCACUGAUUCCAAUGUUCCCAAUGUGUCUGUUAAUAGCAAUAGCAACAAGAAUAAUUCUUUAACUUCAGUCGAUUCUUCUCUUAAAAUGGGUACUGCAAUCAAUAGUCCACCAUUAAAUAACAUGGCUGCCCCUACUGCUCCUAUUACUGAUAAUAAUACAAACAAUCAUAAUAAUAGCAAUAAUGUGGGAACUCCAGUAAAUAUCGGUAUAAAAAGUCCAUUCACACAUACACCAAAAUAA